UUCCCACCUUCGGGACGAAAUAACAGCGAAUGAUGACCGCGACGAACGACGCCACUAGUCGCCACUAUUCCGAUACACAGACGGAAUGUGCGAUGUUGGGACGCGGAAGACGCUACCUUCUGAAGGAACAAGGCUGGCUCAUGGGCGUCUUACAUAAUUAUGAGGUGUCGCUUGAAGCCUCCAUCUUAUAUCUUAUAUCAAGUCGACCUUGGCUAGCCACGAGCAUAGACUUGAACGAGGAUACGAAUAACCCUAAGAUGUUCUUCACAUUACUUCGCUACUAGACUACUAUAUGCCCCCACUGUUAAACAUUAUAUCAUCCGCUAUGCUAUCUGGCUUUCCCUAAAUAACACCGAUAUUUAUAUACCCUUUCAGGAGAUUGAGUAACAAUGACGGCCUCCACCAUACCCACCACUUCUUUAAACACGCGCAAGGCGAAGAGCUUUGUUUUUGGAGGACAUAUCGGACCACAGAGCAAAAAGACUCUGGAAAAGCAUGUACGACAGAUCUUGAAUGGACCUAAUGCGAAAUGGAUGCUGGAUACGCUGGCAGACUUGCCACGGUACUGGGAAGCCGUUAUAGAGAAGAUCCCAGAAAUGGCCGGGACGAUGCAAGGUGCCCGUCUACUGGCCGAUUUCGAGUCGUGGCUCCGAAAUGGAACGGCGACCGACGACUCUAUAGCGUCAGACGCGGAGAUACCGGAUAUCUGGAUCGGCUUUAUGAUGAUCGCUAUUCAGCUUGAUCAGUACUGGCGGUAUCUGGAGUUCCGAUUCAACGGCCCGGCUGGAGGUGUGGACGACCCGCAGGCAGAGUUGGUGCAGCAGCAUCAGUCUACCGGAAGCGACAAGGUCGAGACGGUGGGUUUCUGUGCUGGAAUGAUCGCUGCCGUAGCUGUUGCAAGCUCCCACAACCGGCGGGACUUUGAGAAGUACGGUGCCGCGGCACUACGCAUCGGGGUUAUGAUGGCGGCCCUAGUAGGCGCCUGUGAAGAGUGGAGUAAGGGCCUCGGCAAAGGAAGAUCCGUCUCGUUGGCUACGGCGUGGAGGACUCCCAAGCAGGGCGAAGAUAUGGCGCGCAUUGUUGCGUCCAUGUCUCCCGAUGCCUACGUCUCCGUGCUUUUUGAUGAGUCUCGAGCCACCGUGACGACGUCAGAGCGCCUCGCGCCAAAGCUGAUAAGGCAGCUUCGGGCGGCAGGUGUCACGACAAUACCGCUCGCCUUUAGAGGCCAGCUCCACACGCCCGGUGCGGAGCGGGAACGCCAUACCAACGCUCUGAUCGAGAUAUGCCACGCGAUGCCCGAGCUACAGUUUCCGGAUGCUGCCUGUCUGGCACUGCCGACUUACCUUGAUCACCCCGAGGGGAAGCCGGUCUCGGCCGAAGAAGUCGACUUGAUUGGUAUGGUGUUGCGGUCCAUCCUAGCGAAUCAAUUAAGCUGGUCCAGUACCGUUUCGAAGCUUGUGGCGAACGGGGAGGACGUCUCGCUAAUUUCCUUUGGGCUUGACCGCCCUCUGCCGGCCACCGUUCUGGGCCGCUUUGGCCCGAAGCAGGUGCAUUUCGAGGACCUCGUAGACCACAUAAACAAGUCUCUAGAAUCCUCGCUCAGACUCCGCCCAAGCAACCGCGCCGGUAACCACUCGAACGGUAUCGCGCAAGGUCAAUCCGCAGAACCGAGUAGACUCAGUGUCAAGCCGGAAGAAGACCAAGAUGAUGUGAUUGCGAUAGUGGGCAUGUCCGUGAAGACGGCGGGUGCCGACGACCUGGAAGGAUUCGGGGAGAUGCUUAAGACCGGGGCGUCGCAGCACGAAGUGAUCACGCGUGAACGGAUGGUUCACGACAUGAUGUACCGCGAAAACGCCGACGCUGACCCCAAGAGGAAGUGGUAUGGUAACUUCAUGCGCGACCCAGACGCUUUUGAUCACAAGUUCUUCAAGCGCAGCCCACGUGAAUCGAUGGCUAUAGACCCGCAAGGCCGACUCUCGCUGCAAGGGGCGUACCAGGCAGUCGAACAAUCUGGGUAUUUCAACGAAUUGGCAACUACCAGCGCGUCCGAGCACCAAAGACGGAAGCACGUAGGAGUUUACGUCGGCCUCUGCUCUUUCGAGUACGAGAUCAAUAUUGGCUGCCACCCGACAAGCGCGUUUACGGCGACCGGGGGCUUAAGAAGCUUCAUCCCCGGUCGAUUAUCGCAUUAUUUUGGUUGGACCGGGCCGGCAAUGACGGUCGAUACAGCAUGCUCGUCGUCAACGGUGGCCCUUCACACGGCCUGCCGGGAUCUGCUGUCGGGUGAAGUCCCGGCCGCGCUCUGCGGUGGCGUCAAUGUCUUAACAAAUUUGCAAUGGACACAAAACCUCGCCGCCGGUAACUUUAUCAGCCCGACGGGCCAGUGUAAACCUUUUGAUACCGACGCCGAUGGUUACUGCCGAGGUGACGGAAUCGCCUACGUGUUCUUGAAGAAGCUAUCUACCGCUGUAGCUGACGGCAAUAUGGUCCUAGGCACUAUACGCGCUACGGGUGUCAACCAGAACCUCAACUCCACGCCGCUAUUUGUCCCCAAUGUGCCUUCGCUAUCGACAUUGUUCAACGACGUGAUUCGUAAGGCCCGCGUGGAGCCGCGUGACAUUUCGCUAGUCGAGUGCCACGGCACUGGCACGCCGGUCGGAGACCCUGCGGAAUACGAAAGCAUACGUAUGGCUGUAGCUGGUCCUUUGCGCGAUACCGUUGUGCCCGUUGGCUCGGUCAAGGGUAACGUUGGCCAUACCGAAGGUGCCUCUGGAAUCGUCUCCUUAAUCAAGGUCCUCAUGAUGAUGAGAGACGGUUUCAUCCCUCCCCAGGCUAGCUUCAAGAAAAUGAAUCCUCAUAUCCACGCGCAGCCAUCAGAUAUGAUGGAGGUGGUCACGUCGUUGCGGCCCUGGCGAGAGGACCGGAAAAUCGCCCUCAUCAACAACUACGGCGCCUGCGGAAACAACUCGAGCGUGGUGGUUGCCUACACGGCUCAUAAACCUACCAGACCCCUUUCGGCUGGGUCAGCACUGUCAUCGCCGUCGGCGCCUCGAUUACCCUUCUGGAUCUCAGGCCUCGACACCCGUAGUAUUGCGGCCUAUAGCACCACACUAGCGCCCUACCUACGAUCGCAUACUGGGCCCGAAGAUGGACAAGCGACGCUCGCGGAUGUGUCGUUUAACAUGAAGCGACAGUCAAAUCCCGGUUUGCCUCAAGGGCUGAUCUUCAGCUGCACUUCAUUGGCCGACCUACAGGAAAAACUUUCUCAGGCAGCCUCAGCUACCACGAGCACAGCUGCCAGCAUCGGCAUUGCCCCAGUGAAGCCCGAGCGGCCCGUCAUCUUGUGCUUCGGAGGUCAAGUAUCAACCUUUGUUGGGCUUGACCGCGCAUUGUAUGAAGGUGUAAGCGUAUUACGCCAUCACCUAGACAAGUGCAACGUCGCUAUCACGUCCAAAGGCCUGGAUAGUAUCUACCCCGACAUUUUCUCAUGCGAACCUAUACGGGAUGUAGUCAAGCUCCAGACCACGCUCUUUGCCAUGCAGUAUGCCUCCGCCAAGAGCUGGAUAGAUUGUGGGCUUAUCGACAGGGUGGUAUCCGUCGUAGGCCACAGCUUUGGUGAGAUUACAGCACUCUGCGUCGCGGGCGUGCUCAGCCUGGAAGACACGGUUAAAAUAAUUGCUGGUCGAGCUAAGCUGGUACGGGACGCCUGGGGACCUGAUCCGGGAGCUAUGAUUGCUAUCGAAGCUGACGAGGCACUUGUGCAUGAUAUUCUGAAGGAGUCAAACCUCAAAUCCGACGGGUCGGCCGACAUCGCCUGCUAUAAUGGUCGCCGCAGUUUUACCGUCGCUGGAUCGACACAAGCCAUCGACGCUUUUUCCAAAACGCUAGCUGAGAAGAGCAGGAUGGUCGAGGGGGUCAAGAGUAGGCGUCUGAACGUUACUAACGCCUUCCACUCCACAUUGGUAGAGCGCCUCGUGGACCGCCUGGGAGAGCUCGGUAAAGGAGUUACCUUCAACAACCCCGUCAUUCCGAUAGAACGUGCUACUAAGCAUGGUGAUCCGGCGGCUAAACUGGAUUGGGGCUUCGUCGGUUCCCAUAUGCGCCAACCGGUCUUCUUCGAUCAUGCCGUACAGCGGCUCAUUAAGAAGUACCCGCAAGCCAUCUUCCUCGAGGCGGGUUCCAGCUCGACCAUCACCGUCAUGGCGGCCCGCGCACACGCCCAAGCGGCCUCCAAGACUUCUGACGCAAUCCACUUCCAGUCCGUUUCCAUUACGAAUACCAAGAAGGGUUUCGACGGACUCACGGACGCAACUGUGGCCCUCUGGAAACAGGGCCUGCGAGUGUCUUUCUGGGCACACCACCGGCUCCAGACAGGCGACUACGCACAGCUCCUCCUACCGCCAUAUCAGUUCGAGAAGACACGCCAUUGGCUCGAGCUCAAGUCGCCCAGGGAGGAGGUCAUCAAGGCGGCCCAAAACAUGAUAGCCACGGGAGGCAAUGGGCUGCUGCUGACAGGAGGGGUAUCACGAUUUGCACAGCAAGAACACGAGGACCCCAAGACCCUACCUCUAUGGAAUUUCGUCGGCUUCCAGGACGAUCCAGCCAACAAAGGACACAGCACCAAGAAGCAGGCGAAGAUAGCGCGGUUCCGUAUCAAUACGGCCUCGGACAAGUACCAGCGUCUAUUCUCAACCCACGUCAUCGCGCAGACGGCGCCCAUGUGUCCCGCCACGCUCGAGAUCGAUAUAGCCAUCGAAACCGCUUUCAGCCUAAAUCCAGACUACAGAUCGAGUGGAUACUCGGCGGUGGUACGCGACAUGCUUAGCCAUUCACCCAUAUGCGCCGACUCAACGCGCGUUCGCUAUAUCGACCUAAGGCCCCUCAGCAAUACCGAAACAGAGUGGCACUUUAUAAUACACAGCGUGGGGGAUUCUACUACACCCGCUACCGAGAAGCACGCCGAGGGACGGGUCCACCUCUGUUCGCCCUCCGAGCCGUCCUUCGUCCAGGAGUUCGGGCGCUACGAGCGCGCGGUCAGCCACGCGCAGUGCCGGGCCAUCCUACAGCUAGGUCCGAACGACGAGGGCGUAGAGGCGCUCCAGGGCCGCAAUGUAUACCGGGCCUUUGAAGGCGUCGUCGACUUCGGCCCGGUGUACCAGGGCGUGCGAUCCGUGGUGGGCCGCGAUGGCGAGAGCGCCGGUGUCGUUCACAAGCGUCACAGCGGCGACACCUGGCUCGAUGUCCCCAAGGCCGACUCGUUCGGCCAGGUCGCGGGCAUGUACGUGAAUCUGCUGACGGACCUCCCGGCGAGCGACAUGUACGUCGCCACCGGCCUCGAGCUAACGAUGCGCUCGCCUAAGGCACAGACCGUGACGGAUGGCCGGGAAAACGGUCCCGGUGUCUGGCACGUGCUUGCCCGCCACGCGCGCCAAUCCGACAAGACCUACGUGACGGACGUCUACAUCUUCGACGCCGCGACGGGGGCGCUGGAAGAAAUCAUCAUGGGCCUCCGAUAUGUUCGCGUCGCCAAGGCUACGAUGAGUAAGAUACUGGCGAGGGUGACUGUGGAUAAAUCGGUUGUGAGGGGCACCGCAGCGUCUGUGCGGUCGUCUGCCCCUCCUGUUACCACCCAUUCCCCGUCUGUCGAGACCAGAAGUCCCCAACCAGACGCAAAUGUACAAAGGGACAGUAACAGAAAGGCAAAAGCUACCGGCAGGCACGAUAUCACAGAAGAAGUGCGCAAUGUAGUCGCUAACGUUUCCGGCAUCGAGGCUAGCGAGAUGACGCUUGAUAGCGAUAUGGCUGACCUAGGUAUCGACUCGUUGAUGGGGAUGGAGCUGGCACGCGAGGUCGAGAAUACCUUCAAAUGUACGCUCGACCAGGCCGAGCAGAUGGAAGCUACAAAUCUUCGUCAGUUCAUUGCUUGCGUAUCGAAUGCUUUGGCUAGGGCUGGAGAGGGGUCCGGUGUGGAACGAGAGGAGGAGGACGAUGAUGAUGUUAGCGACGAUAAUGAGAGCGACUAUGACUCGGCUGCCACCGGAGAGGGUGACAGCACAGCUCCGGUCUAUGACACAGCCUCUGAUAUCUCUACUCCGGAUGACGCGCCAGAUUUCACCGCUGCCAAGAGGUUAGUCCCUAGCUCCCUGUCAGCUCCGGCUUCGACAACUGACGCAUCUGCCGCAGAGGCGAAAGUGCUUAAUAGGGGCGACGUAGCGGCGCGUGAGGCAGAGGCAGAGCGCCUAGUGGCUGCUUACACAACAGGAUGGGAGUCGGCCCUACUCGAGGCCGCGGCAGACCGUACAACCACCACCCGUACCGGUAGGAGAGCCACGGUAGUUGUAACAGGCGCAUCGGGCAGCCUUGGGUCACACCUUGUCCAGACACUCGCCGUGCGGCCGGAUGUCGAGACUGUCGUAUGCAUCAACCGUCCCGUUAGCAACGUUCCCGCGGACAAGCGGCAGGCGGAUGCGCUGUUGUCGAGAGGCAUCAAGCUGUCCGCGGCCGCGCGCGCGAAGUUGCGGGUGUACGGUACCGACACCUUUAAGCCGCAGCUCGGUCUCCCAGCUGAGGAGUAUGCCUGGGUGGCGCGACACGGCACCCAUAUCAUCCACAACGCGUGGCCGAUGAGUGGCACGCGGCCGCUCAAGGCUUACGAGCCCCAGAUCAGGGUGAUGCGGAACCUGUUGGACCUGGCUCGCGACAUGGCGACAACCUCCACCCCACGCAAGAUCGGCUUCCAGCUCGUCUCCUCCAUCGGUGUGGUCGGCUUCUCUGACGGGUCCCACGUGCUCGAGCAGCCUGUGUCCAUUGCCGCAGUGAUGCCCAGCGGCUACAACGAGGGCAAGUGGGUGUGUGAGCGCAUGCUCAUAGAAACACUGCGUCGCCACCCGCGGUUCUUCCGGGCCUCGGUAGCGCGGCCGGGUCAGAUCUCCGGGUCGACCGCCAGCGGCGUCUGGAACCCCGUCGAGCACUUUCCCUUCCUAGUGAAAAGCGCCCAGGCGCUCAAGGUAUGGCCCGACCUUCAGGGGGUGCUACAUUGGUUGCCCGUGGAUCGGAGCGCGGGCGUCAUGGUCGACCUACUGAGAAUCGAAGACCAUGAUGGGAUGGCGGAGGUUUGUCCGGUGUAUCACAUCGACAACCCCGUCGGCCAGCCGUGGAAGGACAUGUCAACGGCUCUUGCAGCCGCCCUCGAUAUACCUUCACGCGGUAUUAUUCCUUUCCAAGACUGGAUCAAACGGGUUCGACAGUCGCCUCUCUCCGAGAAGGAGAAUCCGGCCGCCCGAGUCAUCGGCUUUCUCGAGGGCCAUUUCGAGCGCAUGGCAUGCGGCGGUAUUAUCUUGGACACGCAACGAGCAAGUGAGCAUUCUGAAACCAUGGCCAUGCAAGGGCCAGUAAGUGACGAGGUGGUGCGGUCUUAUGUGUCGGCUUGGAAGACGUCAGGCUUUCUUGAUUAGUUUGUAGUAGACAUAGUUGCCUAACUUUUCCUUUCUUUUAGACGGCUGGUUAUUGUAACAUCAUUAGAAGUCAAUUAUGUACACGCAAAUUAUAGAAUUCAAAUGGCCUUUUACUAAAGCCAUCUUCA